AUGAUAAACUCCAGACAAAACUAUCUGAACGCGAAGCGCUUUUCUGCGGAUCUGGCGCUCGAACACAUCAUACCACACAAUGUGUGCUUCUAUUUAAUUCCCCCCAUCGUGGAUCUUACGAUCGAUGAGUUUGAGAAGCUGGCGCUGGAACGGUUAAAGAUGCUGCGACUGCUAGAACAGGUGACGGCCAAAAACCCGAAAGUAUUUUCCGAAGCCUGGCGAGAGGAGGUCCUCGCCGAUGUUAACCAAGCAGGACUACGUACGUACGCCAAAUUGGCCCGGGGAAAUUUAAACGAUGAUGUAAGCAAAGCCGCUCGCCGCAGGGACUAUUUGUCACAUUUUAUACUACGGUUUGCGUACUGCCGGUCGGAAGAGCUGCGCAAAUGGUUUGUAGCACGGGAAAUGGAGCUGUUCAGGUUGAAGUUUGGUGCAUUAUCGUCGCGUGAUGUGAAAGAAUUCCUGGAGGUGUAUGAGCUGGACUACAAACCGCUGCCGGAUGAAGAAAAGCUGGAAAUUUCAGAACAACUGUGCGCCAGCACAUUCAACCUAACACGGCUGAAGAUCGAAACACAGGAUUUCUACGCGGUACGCUUCACCGAAGUGUUAAACCUGGUGCGCGAUCGAAAGUGUUUCCUGAAGGGUGGCACCGCUUACAUUACGCUGGAACACUUUGCACACGUAAUCGGGAAGAAGCACCAGCAGCUGAUCGAGGACGGCCUCAAGGGCCAUUUGCGUUUGCUGCCCACGCUGGAAAUCGAUGAACGGUUUUCGAUGCUGCUGAAAUCGAUUCAUACAUCGUACACGGGCAAGAACUAUACGGUCGCCAAAACGGGAGCAGUGCCGAUCGAGAGCCUCGAUCAGCUGUCGAAGAAAUCGUACGCUCUAUGUAUGCGCAACGUGCACGAUACGCUGCGUGCGACACAUCACCUCAAGCACGUCGGUCGGAUGCAGUACACGCUGUUCCUGAAAGCGAUCGGUGUUACGAUGGAGGAUGCGUUACGCUUCUGGCGUGAAGAGCUCACGCGCGGCAAGGUACCGAUCGAAAAGUUUGAGAAAGAGUACGCAUACUCCAUUCGGCAUAACUACGGCAAGGAGGGAUCGCGCAUCAAUUAUUCUCCAUUUUCCUGCAUGAAGGUGAUCACCACACCGAUCGGACCGGGUGAAACGCACGGUUGUCCGUUUAAAAAUCUCGAUCCGAGUACGCUGAAGAUGAAACUGACCGGGUACGGGCUAACGACACUGGAUGCGGAUGAGGUUACUGGGUAUGCGGCGAAGGGUCAUUAUCAGAUAGCGUGCGGGAAGUACUUUGAGCUGGUACACGAAACGAAGCUGGACGAGGGCAUUAAUCAUCCGAACCAGUACUUCGAACUCAGCCAGCUGACGAUGAAUGGCAAAGAACGUUCAAGGCAAGGACACGCACCGUCCAAAAACCGGAGUCAACCGAACAGCCAAUCGACACAGGAUGGUGGCUCGAGCUUUGUGAUUGAUACAAGCACACUAAACGGUGCGGAUGAAGAUUUGGAACUGUGGGAAAUUAUGGAAUCGAAGGACAAGGAGGCGGAUAACGAUGUUACGAUACGCGAGGACUCUGCACCGAGCGACGUCAAGAAGCAGCUUACUCCAAACCAAACCAAAUCGACCCAGGAAUGGGAAGAUGAUGAUUUCGAUAUGCUGGAGUUUAACGAGUAA